AGUCAAAGUCAAUAUUCUGAUUUUGUCCCAUCAUUAUAUGAUGGGAAUACAGAGACUCUUGGUUACUUGACCCCAUUACGGAAUACUACUACAUCUUCCGGUAGCCAGAAUCAAUAUCUUAUCGAUACCCUUGAGCCUUACAGCGAGCCAGACUUUCUCCGCCUAGUUGACCCUCCACCAAUCCCUGACUCACUUCUACGCGUUGGCCCUAAUCGCAGAAAAGAAUAUCUACUAUAUGACAAUAUGGCACAUGACGACUGGGUAAAAUGGUGGAUCGAGACUGAUUUUGGGCGGGAAAGCAAAGUGGUGUGGGAUUUGAACCGAAGUGGCGAUGUCUGGCAAGAAUACAAUCAGGUUGCAUCAAUCAAGAACGGAAUGCCCAAGGUUAUGUGUAAGCGAUGCGGUGCAAUUCUGGAGCAUCCAAUGAAUAGUCUUCCGACAAAGAAAGGUUACCAAGGGACUUCUACAAUAAAGAAGCAUUUGGGUACUGCAAACUGUAUCCGGGCAGGGCAGGGCAAAGGAGGCUUAGGGAUUUCUCGGUUUUUAAAAACAAAGAGUACUAUUCCGGUCGAAAUCCCCUUUUCACAAGAGUACUGGGAGGAGGAACUACUUCAGUUUACUACUAUCAACCGACUACCGAUGCAACUUUUCGAAGCUCCCGGGCUUAGCAAGAUUAUCCGUAUUGCCCGUUCAGCACCCUCUGAGCCCUUAAUACCCUCUGCUAAAACGAUGCGUCGCCGCUUACACUCUAUCGUUGAAACACGUCAGCAAUCGGCCCUCCGAACCCUUCCUCCUAAUACUAAGCUUUCGCUUGCACUUGACUGCUGGACGUCACCCUAUAAUCAGGCAUUUAUGGCAAUAACUGCUUACUUUGUGGAUACAAAUUGGAUGUACCAAGAGGUGUUGCUUGGAUUUAAGCCAGUGCAUGGCGUACACAGCGGUUCUAACCUGAGCCAAAUUGUUCUUCAGAUUCUGGAGCAAUAUCAGAUUGAAGAUCGGAUUUAUGGAAUCACCACCGACAACGCAACAAACAACAAAACAAUGAUUGAGGCCCUUCAGCAGAGUCUGCCACCUGAUAUAACUGUUAUCCGGAUUCCCUGUCUUGCACACGUUAUCCAGCUGAGUUUAAAUGAGCUUCUUGGGAAACUGAAGGCAUCUCCUCAGAAUGAGGAUACUGAGACUAGAUGGACUGAGCAGCAUUCUGCUGCAGCAAAAAAGAAUGCCCAGAACUACAGUAUUACAGCAACACUCAAUAAGAUUCGAUAUCUGGCUAUAUACGUCAAUGCCAGUCCUCAACGUCGUGAGACCUUUCUUCAACUCCAACCAAAAGAACCUCGACUAGUACCUGUUCAAGAUGUCAAGACCCGUUGGAACUCUACCUUCUUGAUGCUUCGCCGGGCUAAGCGAAUUCGCCUAUUAUUUGAGCCUUUCUGUGAGGAAUAUGAUUGUACAGAGAUGCUCUUGACUAAUGAUGAGUGGCGACAAAUUGACUAUCUACUUUGUAUAACUCAGCCAUUCUUUGACUAUACUACUGAGCUAUCAAAAACAAAGGAUGUCACAACUCAUCUUGUCUUCAAGCUCUACAAUGCACUCUUCAAUCAUUUAGAACAGGCAAAAAAGCAGCUCAAACGCAAGCGCAUUCCAUGGAAGCAGCAAAUGUUAACAGCUUUGGAUGCUGGUCAUGACAAACUUCGUAUUCAUUAUGCACAGACAGACCAUAUGCGAGGGCAUACCUUUGCUGUUAGCACAAUGCUAGCACCUGAUAGCCGAUUUCGCUUCUUUCUCUCAGAAGACUGGGAUCAUGAGUGGCGGGUGAGGUACCGAAGAUCAUUCCAGACAGCAUUAUCUCCAUACCAGACCCGUCUCUUAGAUAACCAAUCUACUCCUGAUCCUCAGACUCAGCCUACAUCUACUUCACGGCUAAGUAAGAUGUUGAGUGGUAAUCAAAGAGCCACAAAGCCUACAGACGACGAAGUGAGCCAGUAUCUAGACGGUGAUCUAAUUGAGAUUGAGCCACUACAAUACUGGCGUGAGAAUCAAUCCCGUUUUCCUGCGAUCGCACAGCUUGCUCGAGAUAUACUCUCUAUUCCAGCAACCGGUGCAGGUGUUGAACGGCUUUUUAAUACUGCGCGUGAUAUCUGUCAUUACCGACGUGGCCGUAUGAACUCUGAAACAAUUGAGGAACAUAUGUUGUUUCUUUGUUCGACACGAUUUAAUCUUAAAGAAGCAGAGACAAAGGAGCUAGAGCAGUACUUUUCCCUACAGGAGAUUGAGGCAGUCCGAGAACUCAAUAUGGAGUAUCCAGAGGAGGUUGAGGUUGAGAUGGAUGGUAUUAGUGAUCAUGAGGAGGAAGAUAUAGUAGAUCCUAAGGAGAGAGAGGAAAUACCUAGCUUAGACAGUCAUGAUCAUGAGGAGCUACAGCCAACACAGUCUCUACUGCCAUCGCAACCUCGUCACUCAGGACGAAAGCGAAAGGCUCGGACUGAUGAUAUCUUUGAGGUUUACUAG